AUGGCCAUCAACGCUUCCUCGCACGGGCCAAACGGGGCGGUCUACAUCCCUGAGGUCGACCUUGAAGACUUUGAAGAGUACACGACUGGCGGCUACCACCCUACCACCAUCGGGGACACUUUUAACAAUCGCUACGAGGUUGUUCACAAGCUCGGCUUUGGUGGCUAUUCAACAAUGUGGCUAGCCCGCGACAAACACCUGCAACAGUACGUCUCAUUGAAGAUCAUGAUUGCCGAUGAAUCUCCAAAAUCAACCGAAGCCUCUCUUCUCCGGAAACUGUGCUGCGGUGGCUCUCACCCCGGGCAACGGUUUGUUCCACAUCUACUGGACGAUUUUUCAUUCAGCGGCCCCAACGGACAUCAUGUUUGCCUUGUGCAGAAACCAAUUGCUGCCUGUAAUAUUACUGCAUCCAAGGAAGAUUUCGUAAGCCUCAUGUUCCCUGUCGAGACUGCCAGAUCUAUUGCUGCUCAAAUCAUUAUGGGAGUAUCUUAUCUACACUCCCGUGGAGUAUGUCACGGUGAUCUUCACAUGAGGAACUUUCUUCUCUACAGUCAGGAUUUCAAUCAAAAUCUCAACAGCCUGGAUCCUGAAGGGCUUUAUAAGCGUUACCGCCUAGAUAAGGCCCCUAUCACCAGGUUUGAUGGCACACCAGUUGGGCCUCACGCGCCGCCAUAUGCUGUUUACCCGAUGCAUGUUAAAACGCUUGCAGACAAUGUUGUGGAUCCUAUGGUUGGUAUAUCUGACUAUGGAACAUCUUUUGUGGUUGCGACUGUCAAUGAGGCAUCGGCUGGACCCCACACACCUGAGCUACACACACCUGCUCUCUAUCUUCCACCAGAAGGCUUCGUCAACGAUCCCAUCACCCAAGCUGCAGAUAUAUGGACACUUGGUGUUAGUCUUUAUGAAGUGCUCGGAGAGAGACCUCUCGUUGAAUCGUUUGGCUGGGACCGGGACGACAUUAUAGCCGAGAUGCGUAUGUGGGACAUGGGGCGUGGCGAGACGCCUGAUACAUGCCAAUGGGAUACUCAGGGAGGUGAGAUGCAGGCUUUGGAGGAGUUGCUGCGGAGCAUGAUGGCAUUCGAACAUACUGAGAGGUUGACAGCUGAGCAGCUGAUGAGAUCAGAGUACAUGGAGAAGUGGGCAAUGCCGGCUUGGGAGAGACAGCAAGAGAGACAAAGGGAAAGCGGCAGCAGCAACUCGAGCCCGUUGCUUCCGAGAUAG